AUGGAUGAUCUCUUGUCUACCCUCCUCCAUCUAAAGUCGGUUCCGACAUCCAUAACGAAGACCCGCACGAGUGACAAGUCAUGCUUCUCGGCAGCAGUACAGAACGUGUGGGCGAGAGAUCCUGGGAUUGCUGGCGAGCUUCUGGAAGAGCUCACGAAGCAGGGCAGGAGCAGAUGGGCAACACUAGGCAAGGCCGCCGAACCCUGGGCAUCUAGCGAUGACCAGACGCCGGCCAUUCCCUACGAGGCCACAGCCACAACCGAUUACAUCAACGUCGGGACUCAAACUGCAGCCGAUGUUAACAAUGCCGUGGAAUCGAGAGCACGACGGAGGAGGCAUGACGAUCUCCUGUAUCGCCCUUCGCAUUCAGCAUAUAAACACACGGUGUCGAGACAAACACAGCGGAACGAUGCAGACAAUGAGCCGCCUACAUCGCAACGUGAGCUUCCGUCCCUAAAGCCGCCUGAUGUUGAGGACGUUUCCAACAGCUGUGGCAUACGGUAUGAGGCAGAGACAUCACCAUGCCCGUCAAUCGUGGACUUUGUAGCCUGUGAUGAGCGUACCGCCGCGCGGAAGUCCUCGCUUCCGUCGCUGGGCCUGGCACAACAUUGGCCCCAUCUUGUGGACAGGGACCUUAGGGACGGUGCCCAAGAACGAGGCGCAACGGAAACGUCCAUGGCUACACCGGAAUCCCCUGUCAUGCUUGAUACGUCAUCGGAGUCCAAAAAGGACCUGAUCAUGGCACCGCGAGACAAGGCCACUGCAGCGCAAUCGCCGGCUUUGGCCACUUGUCUGUUCCUAGUAUCCGAAGACACGGUGAGGUGUAUGAUCUUUAACGCAGCUCGGGACAUACAUGACAUGGAGAUGUACGAAGGUCGACUAGGAGGCGAGCUCCACCGGGGCAUCCUCAAUUCCUUGAAGUGCGACCACAGCGAUGAGGUGAUUUCACGGCCGGCAGGGUCCAUCUGGGCAGCCAGCCGCCCCAUAGGCUGGUCUUUAACCAUGUGGAUGAAUAUACUAGAUCAAGGACGAGCGUCGCACAAAAAGAGCGGAAUCCUACGCAAGAUCGAGUGGAUGGGAGCCUCGGAAUGGUUCGACUAUCAGACCGAGCAGGCAUUGAAGGCCCCUCCGCGAACGAAGCGAGGUAUCCCAGUAAAGCGAGUUUCUACUGCGGUCUUGGAUCGCAUGCUUAACGAAGCACUUCACGAUGACUCGGACACGCCCUCUGAACAGCACAUAGAUAGAAAGGCUCAGCAGCGCAAAACCUUCAUCGACAUAUGCAACAGAGGGAAGAGGUUGCGCCAGAUCGUUAAAGUCCUGGGCACAGGUGUUCUCUUCUACCGCCGUAUUUGGGACCUGAUGAAAAUAAGUCAGAAUCAGGUAGAAGCUGUGGUCUCCCACAUUUCUACGGACCCCUCGAAAGCUACCAUCUUCGUCCUUCUCGGAGAGCAGGUCGAGCUUCUGGUUGGGAGUGGGCGGCCGAACACUGCUACAUUUCUCGACGGGGUUGAUGCGAAUCAGCUCGUCAGCGCAGGCGACGCAUCUUCCCUGCGCUUAGACUAUGACGUACAGCAGAACCCUUUUCUUAAAGCUGUCUCGGAGUGCUAA